CCAUCCAGAAAGUGUGUCAGAGGACUGUGUUUGCUCCCAAAGUAGAUGACUGCUCACAUUCUGGUCUCUGUAUUACUGACUGCGAGAUACGAGAAAUUUUUAUUUCGUACAUCAUCCCAAGCCAGGACAAGGUUUUUCGAUUGUGGGAUAGAAUGCCGGCGAUCAUAAGUAAAAACUCCGAUUUGGAGUUUGACUCAUUACAACCGUGUUUCUAUCCGGAUGAGGACUUCUACUUCUGCGGUCCCGACUCUGCGCCACCGGGGGAGGACAUCUGGAAGAAAUUCGAGUUGCUGCCCACUCCGCCCCUCUCUCCAAGCCGCGCCGCGCUACCGGGAGAGCCGGCAACUGCCUCGCCGGAAGCAGACCCCCUUGGCUUCGGGUUAGGGGACCCACUGGACUGGGCAUCCGAGCUGCUGCUCCUGCCUGGGGACGAUAUAUGGGGAGCAUCCGACGAUCUGUUCGGCUCCGCUUUGGAUUCUAAUCCCAACAGCAUCAUCAUCCAGGACUGUAUGUGGAGUGGCUUUUCUGCCAGGGAAAAACUGGAACGGGUGGUUACGGAGAAACUCGGCAAAGCUAUUUCCACGGCGACAGCAGGCAGCAGGAGCGUGUGCGUCAAGGCGCAGGAGGUGGUGAGCCGCAACUCGAUGUCAGAGUGUGUGGACCCCACAGUAGUGUUCCCUUUCCCGAUCAACAAGAAAAACAGCACCAGGGACUCAUCUGGGACCAUUAUAACAUCCACGGUGCACGGGAGCGCGCCUAGUGACUCCGAAGAGGAAGACGAAGAUGAAGAAGAGGAAGAGGAAGAAGACGAAGAAGAAGAAGAAGAAGAGGAGGAGGAAGAAGAAGAAGAAGAGGAGGAGAUUGAUGUAGUCACAGUAGAGAAGAGGCGCUCUACAAUCACCAAGGCAUCACCCAUGGCGUCAGGCACUGUCACCAUCUCUGUACACCCCAAAAGUCAAGAUGCAAAAGGAAUUGUCUCAGGAUCCGGUUCUGGUGUGGUGAGUCGAUUCGUCAGCCGGGCUCCUCAGGAGCUCAUCUUGAAGAGAAGUUCAGUCCACCAGCAGCAACAUAACUACGCAGCCCCCUCACCCUAUGCUUCAGACGAUGACCCAACCCCUCCUCCAAAGAAGCAAAAGAUGUCUGAUGCCCCGCGCCUUCCUUCCAGAACCAUCUCUUCAUCCUCCUCAUCUUCCUCCUCAUCCUGCAGCUCAGUCACCAGCACAUCAGGGGUGCGCAGCAAGCGCAGCUCCAGCGGGGACAGCAGCCCGAGAGGCAGCUCCGACUCAGAGGACAGCGAGCGCCGACGCAACCACAACAUCCUGGAGCGCCAGCGCCGCAACGACCUGCGAUCCAGCUUCCUGACGCUGCGCGACCACGUGCCGGAGCUGGCGCACAACGAGAAGGCGGCGAAGGUGCUCAUCCUUAAGAAGGCCACCGAAUAUGUGAACUCGCUAGAGACGGAAGAGAUGAGGCUCCAGCAGGAGAAAGAAAGGCUCCAGGUCCGGAGGCAACAGCUGAUGCGCAGGCUGGAGCAGGCAAGGACUCGCUAACAGACAACUGCUACAACACAAACACUCACAAUAUACCCUGGACGACCCCCCCCCCUCCCACCCCCACCCCUCUGCAUCAACUCAAGUCUGAUACACAAGAAGAUGCACACAGAGGCCUCCAUAUCUGUUGCACACGUGCACACACCACCACAACCUCUCAGAGGAUGUUUAUCUUCAGAUGUCAACACACACCUUGGAGGGGCGG